AUGCCGGCACUGGUGGUCACGAAUUUCAACAUUGUGUGUGCUGUGAUAGGUGGCUUCAUUUCAUUGUUCGGACUUGUUAGCUAUCUAUUCAAGGAGAGAUUCUACCUUUCGGAAGCUCUCAUUUCCAUGGUGGCAGGGCUCAUUUUCUCUCCCCACGCCACAAACUUAAUCCGACCUUUAGAGUACGCAGGCGGCAUUCAAGAAAACCUCGAUUACAUUACCUUGUACUUCUCUCGGCUCGUGCUCGGGGUGCAACUCGUCAUCGCUGGUGUACAACUACCUAGUAGGUACCUAUAUACUGAAUGGAAAUCAUUGGCUCUACUCCUUGGUCCCGGAAUGGUCAUCAUGUGGCUCUCAGGGAGCCUCUUGAUAUGGGCUAUGGUGCCCAAUCUCCCUUUCUUGCAUGCUCUGGCUGUCGGAGCUUGUGUCACUCCUACCGACCCCGUUCUAUCCAACUCCAUCGUAAAAGGUAAAUUCGCAGAUGCCAACGUUCCUAAACCGCUUCAGAAGAUCAUCGUGGCAGAGUCAGGUGCAAAUGAUGGAUUGGGCUAUCCGUUCUUAUUCCUGGCGUUGUAUCUGAUCAAAUACACCCAGAUGGGAGGGGAUGGUCAGGAGGCAGGCGUUGCCACCGCAAUGGGUUUGUGGUUUGGCGAGACGUGGGGCUACACUAUCCUGCUAAGUAUCGUCUACGGGAUCGCGGUUGGUUGGCUAGCCAAAGAAUCUCUACACUAUGCAGAGGAGAAAAGGUUUGUGGAUCGGGAAUCGUUCCUUGUUUUCGCCAUUUCGCUCGCCCUCUUAAUCACGGGUACCGCAGGGAUGAUUGGCAGUGACGAUUUCCUGGCCUGUUUUGUGGCUGGAAAUGUCUUCACAUGGGAUGACUGGUUCCGACUGGAGACUGCAGAUGAUUCACUCCAACCGACAAUCGAUAUGCUAUUGAACAUUUCGGUCUUUUCAUGGUAUGGCGCGAUCUGUCCGUGGGCCUCGUUCCAAUUCAACGACAUUAUACCACUGUAUCGCCUAAUCUUCCUGGGAAUUCUGGUUCUGCUCUUUCGGCGAAUGCCCAUGGUGUUCGCCUUCCACAAAAAGAUACCAGAGAUCGAGCAGUUCCACCAAGCUGCUUUUGUGGGCUAUUUUGGCCCUAUCGGCGUCUCCGCUGUAUUCUAUCUCUACGUCAGCGUUAAUUUUCUGCGCCGGAUUCAAGUGGACGGGCACAUGCGAGAAGAUGUGGCACGGUUGGAAGAGGUGAUGAGAGUGGUGAUCUGGUUUCUAGCAAUGUGCAGCAUCGUUGCCCAUGGAUUGUCCAUUCCGCUUGGUAAAAUGGGUUAUAAUACCGGAAGGACAAUGUCACAAGCUCUAAGCAGUGAAAGAGAGGAUGAACCAGGCCCGGCAGGUUUGAGGCAAGAGAAUGGCGGCCGUGGCUACCAAUUACGGCGCAGGAGGCUUCGCGGACAGCAGAAUCUGGAACAAGGUCCGAGUGCAGAAGUGUUUCGUCUCGGACGGACAACGACAACCGGUGCCGGAACUCAGCAAGCUGGGCUCGAAGCAUCAACCGAACAGGAACCGAGCCGGCCAGUUCGCUUCAUCGAUAGCGAACCGCCCACGGCUAGCCCAACCCCUGUUGAAGAGGGUCCCGCUGGUGGACGUGAUGAGCAAGGACGAUGGUGA